UUAAUUUUCAAGAUUGAUUGGAUCGUCGAUGCAUGCCGGACCGGGAACGAAAUUUCCAGAAAGAGCAGAAUGUGCAAGCAUCCCGGGACGACGAUUACCUUCCGGAGCAGCGAGAACAGUCGCUAGCUUUCAAGCUCGGAAUUAUCAAUUCCGGUUCCUUGGAGGAUUUAAGGUUAAUCUUACAACCCAAAAUGAGAGUGAAAACAGCGCCCAGGCAGAGAAUAAUUCAGAGUAACAAAGGUGGAGAUCCAGUACUCGAAUCGAGUGAAUCUUUUUCGAACGAUAAACGAAAAGUAGCGUUAGAGGAUGUUGAUGUAUCGGUUAAGUCAAAUAACUGUAAGAGUGACAGUUUGAAUGAGAAUCGGUUAGAUAAUCCUGUUGAGAAUGAGGAAAAGGAGGACGAGACGUUGAACUAUUGCCAGGAGGCGCUGGAUAUGUCGAUGAAACGCAAGAGUGAAUCACCAGAAAAUGAAUCUUCAACCUCGAUAGCUGGUCCAUCGAGUUGUGAGUACUCAUCAUCGCCCUUAGAAGAGGAGAACAGCUGCGACAAUAAUAACACGUUAAUACCAAACGCGAACAUAACCAACUCUUGUACAUUGACCUGUUCCUGCACAAAGCAAUCAAAUUCCUGCGAAGACAAGCUGAAUGGGUCGAGCGACGAAGAUCAACCAACCGAAGCAGUGAAUUUAUGCAAAAAGGAUUGUUUAGAGGAUUCAACCACAGUCGAAUCCGAGAAAUUAAAGGACACGUUCCUCUACAAAAUCAUGACAGAUCCGACCUUUCUGGAAAACAUACAGAAACACAAGCAGACGAAAAGGUACGUGUGUCAAUUUUGCAAACAAGAGUUCGUGAACGGAGACGAGUUAGCUGACCACAUGGACGUGAAGAAGGACGAAUCGAAUCAAGUGGUUUGUUGCGCCUGCAAGAAAACUUUCGCGCAAAAACGGUACCUGAGGUAUCAUCAGAGGUGUCACUCGGAGAGGAGCAAGUUCACCUGUGAUAUUUGUACGAAGAAGUAUACUAGAUUAGAUAAUUUGACCAGACACAACGCUUUUCAUGUGAAUCCGGACAAGUUCUCUUGUACCUAUUGCGAGAAGACUUUUGCGAGGAAGGAUUUAUUGAAUAAGCAUUUAAAGUAUCACGAUAAUAAGUACCGCUUCUCGUGCGAGCUUUGUCACAAGUAUUUUAAGGGACCUGUUAUGUUGGAGAAGCAUAAGAAAAUAUUUCACAUGGCAGCGUAGAUUUUGAGAUAUUGUAAUGAGGUGCAAUUGUAAUUCUUCGACGGAGGAAAAUA